AUGGCCCUGGAGCAGGCGCUGCAGGCGGCGCGGCAGGGCGAGCUGGACGUGCUGAAGGCCCUGCACGCCGCCGGCCAGCUGCAGCCCUCGCUGCGCGACCCGCUGGACGCGCUGCCCGUGCACCACGCGGCGCGCGCCGGCCAGCUGCCCUGCCUGCGCUUCCUGGUGGAGGAGGCGGCCCUGCCCGCCGCGGCCCGCGCGCGCAAUGGCGCCACGCCGGCCCACGACGCCGCCGCCACCGGCCACCUCGCCUGCCUGCAGUGGCUGCUCUCGCAGGGCGGCUGCGGAGUGCAGGACACAGACAAUUCUGGUGCCACAGCCCUGCAUCUGGCCGCCCGCUUUGGCCACCCCGAGGUGGUGGACUGGCUGCUGCGUCACGGCGGAGGGGACCCCACUGCGGCCACAGACACGGGCGCCCUGCCUGUCCACUAUGCCGCCGCCAAAGGAGACUUCCCCUCCCUGAGGCUCCUCAUCGGGCACUACCCAGAGGGGGUAAAUGCCCAAACCAAGAAUGGUGCCACGCCCCUGUACCUGGCUUGCCAGGAGGGCCACCUGGAGGUGACGCAGCACCUGGUGCAGGAGUGCGGCGCCGACCCGCACGCGCGCGCCCACGACGGCAUGACCCCGCUGCACGCGGCGGCGCAGAUGGGCCACAGCCCGGUCAUCGUGUGGCUGGUGAGCUGCACCGACGUGAGCCUGUCGGAGCAGGACAAGGACGGCGCCACGGCCAUGCAUUUCGCGGCGAGCCGCGGCCACGCCAAGGUGCUCAGCUGGCUGCUGCUGCACGGCGGCGAGAUCGCGGCCGACCUGUGGGGCGGCACCCCGCUGCACGACGCCGCGGAGAACGGGGAGCUGGAGUGCUGCCAGAUCCUGGUCGUGAACGGCGCGGAGCUGGACCUGCGCGACCGCGACGGCUACACGGCGGCCGACCUCGCCGACUACAACGGCCACAGCCACUGCACCCGCUACCUGCGCACCGUGGAGAGCCUGAGCGUGGAGCACCGCGUGCUGUCCCGGGACCCAUCCGCGGAGCUGGAGGCCAAGCAGCCGGACUCGGGCAUGUCCUCGCCCAACACCACUGUGUCGGCGCAGCCGCCCCACUUCGACCUCAGCUCACCCGCCAGCACCCUCUCCAACUACGACUCGUGCUCUUCCGGCCACUCCAGCAUCAAGGGCCGGCGCCCCCCGCGUGGGUUGGCCAGUGCCAGAGCCACAGACAUGGAGAGCUACAUGGACAUGCUGAGCCCCGAGCUGGGCCUGCCCCAGGACAAGACGGAGAGAACCCCACUCCCACCACCGCCCAGCUUCCCUCCACCCCCUCCCCCUGGCACCCAAGUGCCCCCACCCCCGCCAGGUUAUCCAGCUCCCAAGCCCCCCCGGGGGCUGCCCGCCGCUGACAUCUACAUGCAGACCAAGAACAAGCUCCGCCAUGUGGAGAUCGAGACCUUCAGGAAGGAGCCAAGGUCCCGCGACGGCCACAACGGGCUGCGGAGGCAGGACUCUGGCCGCAAGCCCCGCGCCUUCAACAAGCAGCCCAGCACGGGGGACUACUACCGCCAGCUGGGCCGCUGUCCGGGGGACCCGCCGGCCCGCCGCCCGGGCAUGGCGCACAGCGAGGAGGCGGCGCUGCUCCCUGGAAGCCACGUGCACAACGGCUGCGGGGACCCCAAGGCGUCCAGGGAGCUGCCCCCGCCGCCACCGCCGCCCCUGCCCGAGGCCCUGAGCUCGCCGCCACCUGCUCCGCCUCUGCCCUUCGAGGGCGCGGGCCCUGGCUGCGGGCAGCGUCGCUCCUCCUCGUCCACUGGCAAAGUGAGAGUCCUGAGGCACAGGAAGAGCACCAAGUCUUUCAACAUGAUGUCCCCGACGGGUGACAACUCCGAGCUCCUGGCUGAGAUCAAGGCGGGCAAGAGCCUCAAGCCGACGCCGCAGAGCAAGGGGCUGACCACGGUGUUCUCGGGCAGCGGGCAUCCGGCCUCCCAGCCUGACUCGCCGGUGCCGCCAGCAUCGCCUGCCCCAUCGCGGGCCCGGAGCCCCACCCCGCCACCCACAGGGCCCCAGCCCCUGCUCAACGGCAGCCUGGCCCCCGCGCCACCCGCCAGCCCCGCUCCGGGCGUGCAGCUGGACGUGGACGCGCUCAUCCCCAAGCACGACGAGCAGGGCCGGCCGAUCCCCGAGUGGAAGCGGCAGGUGAUGGUGCGCAAGAUGCAGAUGAAGAUGCAGGAGGAGGAGGAGCAGAGGCAGAAGGAGGAGGAGGAGGAAGCCCGGCUGGCCAGCAUGCCUGCCUGGAGGCGGGACAUCCUGCGGAAGAAGCUGGAGGAGGAGAGGGAGCAGAAGCGGAAAGAGGAGGAGCGGCAGAAGCAGGAGGAGAUGCAGCGGGAGAAGGAGCAGUCGGAGAAGCUGCGGACGCUGGGCUACGACGAGACCAAGCUGGCGCCCUGGCAGCGGCAGAUCAUCCUGAAGAAGGGGGACAUCGCUAAGUACUAGCCGCGCCCCCGCGCCAG